GUUCAUGGAGCCCUAAAUUUUGAAUGGCGAUGGAUGAGAAAGAGGGCUUGUCUCUCGCGGCUAUGGAAUCUAUGGUGCGCUUACCGAGAUCCAGGAUUCACGGCGCUAGAGCCAGCGGAGGUAUCUCUCGUGGUUUCGGCGCUCAAGGGCUGCGGCGCCUCCAAGGAGCUCGAAUUGGGUAAGAGGAUCCACAGCGAUGCUGCCAGGGAUGGCUGCUUGGCGGAGGAUUCUAUCUUCGUGGCAAACAGCGCCAGUCACAUGUAUGGCAAAUGCGGCGCCUUGCUGGACGCGAUCGCCGCGUUUGAGAGAAUGCCGGUCCACAGUGCCGCGUCUUGGAAUUCUCUCAUCGUCGGUUACACGGAGAAUGGUCGCCCCGGGCUCGCGCUGGAGCUCUUCUUUCGGAUGGUAGAAGGCGAUCGUCUCUCCGGGAGCUCAGAAGGACGGUGUGAUGCUCGGACUUUGGUUGCGGCGGCCAUGGCUUGCUCGAGCUUGGCCGUAAGAGAAGAAGAAGCACACCAACAUGGCGGUGACAGGAUCGUUAAAGAUACGAGCCUAGCUUUAGCCGUGAAAAUCGAGAGUUUUGCUCUUCUCGAUCACCGAAAUACUUUCGUGGCAAACUCUUUCGUGGAUAUGUUUGCCAAGUGUGAGAGCUUGGUGGACGCUUUUAGGAUCUUCGAGGGGAUGGAGCAGCAGGGCAGGGACGUGGUUUCUUGGACUGCUUUGAUCAUGGGGUGUGUAGAGAAUGGGAGAAGCGAGCUAGCUCUGGAGCUUUUCUCUCGGAUGCUUGACAGUUCUUCUUGUGCUCGGCCGAAUGCUCGAACUUAUGUCGCGGUGAUCAAGGCCUGUGCAAGCUUGGCAGCCGGAGAAGAUGGCACAAAACUUUCUGGAAAGAUAGUCAAAGUCGAGAGUCUAGCAAGAGGAAGAGCGAUUCACUCACAGGCAGAGAAAGGUGGCUGGAGCUCCGACUUGUACGUUUCCACUGCGCUGCUCGAGCUCUACGCCUUCUGCGGGAGUCUCCGAGAUGCCGAGAAGGUUUUCGAGAAGAUGGCCGUCCGGGACGUCGUAGCUUGGAACUCUUUGCUCUUCGGCUACGUUGAGAAUGGAGAGGCAGAGCGAGCUCUCUCGGCUUUCUCUCGCAUGACAAGCCUUGGCGAAGAACCCGACUCGCGAUCGUUUGUUGCUGCUCUCAUGGCGUGCUCGUGCCUGGCAGCCAACGAAAGAGGCGUCCAAGACAGUGGGAAGCUCGUGAAGCUUGGAUGCCUUGAGAAAGCCAUGGCGCUACACUCUCAAGCCAGUAGCACUGGAGCCGAGAAGGAUCUGUUCGUCGCCAACACGUUCGUCCACUUGUACGCAAAGUGUGGAAGCAUGGAGGACUGUCGGAGGGUUUUCCAGGGGAUGGAGCAGCACAGCGUCGUCUCGUGGAACUCUCUCAUCCUUGGCUACGUCGAGGCGGGCGAGACCUCGCUGGCUCUGGAAACUUACGUUGAGCUGAGGAGGCAGGGCCGAGUUUUUCCCAAUCCCCGGACUUUCGUGGCUGCCUUGAUGGCUUGCGGAGCUCUGGCUGCGUUGUGCUCCGGGAGAAGAAUCCACGGCGAGCUCUCCAGAUGUGGCUGCUGCGUCGAUGCGAAACACAUAUUUGAUGCCUCGAGCAGCAGGAAAUCGAGUCUAGUCGCGUGGAGCUCGCUGAUAUUGGGAUACAGCCUGCACGGAAACGCGGAGAUGGUGUUAGAACUGUUCCAAGCGAUGCAAGUCGAGAGAGUGUUACCAGAUGGUAUGGUUUUCUCGUCGGUUCUUGGAGCUUGCAGCCACGCAGGGCUGGUCGAGGAAGGGAAGAAGCUCUUCGGGGUGAUGAAGUCCAGAUAUGGAGUGGAGCCUGACGUGGAUCACUACGUUUGCCUGGUGGAUCUUGUUGGAAGAGCUGGUUUUGUGGAAGAGGCCAUGGCGGUGGUGAGAGCUAUGCCGUGUGGUCCAACUCCGAUGGCUUGGAUCACCAUUCUAGGUGCUUGUAUGAAGUGGAAGAACUUGGAGCUGGGAUUGAUCGCUUUCAAGUCUCUAGCCGAAUCGAGUGAUGAGGAAGAUGACUUAGCAGCUGCGUGCGUGUUGAUGCAAAACAUCUUUGCUUGUAUAUGUUCUAAUGCCGGUGACAGAAUUUUACCACCUUGCACUUGAAUAAUCAUGA